AUGGGAUCGAAUGGGAUCGAAUGGGAUCGAAUGGGAUCGGAUCGGAUCGAAUGGGAUCGAAUGGGAUCGGAUCGAAUGGGAUCGAAUGGGAUCCUUAUGGCGAGACUCAGGCCACGUUAUGUUGAGGAUACUUUUUGCUCGAGGCGAAACGCAUCUGCCCUGCGUGCUGAAUAUGCAACUCUGGCCCGGCCCGGCCAACUAACGACCCGGUGA